CGCGGCCUCCUCCGUCUCCGUGGCUCCGUCCAAAUCCGCUGGGUCAAGAGGAGGACGGGUCGCGCGGCCCCCUCGCCGAGACCCACGGGCCGACGCAAACCCAGGAAAGAAACGAAGCGAGCGGCACCACCGGCGCGUCCUCGGCUCCUCGCGUGCGUGCUUACCCCGGCGAAUAUUCGACCACGGAAGCCGCAUAACCUCCGUCCAUCCCAUCCCCGCUCGCCUCUCCUCUCCUCGCCCCGCUCUAGACGAUCGAUGGCCGCGACGGCGGCGGAGGAGAUGGAGAGGAUGGUGGAGGCGGAGUGGGAGGAGGGGAAGCAGGGGAUGAGGAAGAGGAAGCGGUACGGGCUGGUGGAGUACCGGGCGCUGCCGGCUUACCUGCGGGACAACGAGUACAUCCACCGCCACUACCGCUGCGAGUGGCCGCUCCCGCAGGUGCUGCUCUCCGCCUUCUCCAUCCACAACGAGACCCUCAACGUCUGGACGCAUCUUAUAGGAUUUUUCAUCUUUCUCGCUCUGACCAUAUACACAGCAACACAAGUUCCAAAUGCAGUAGAUAUCCGGAGCUUGCAGCAUUUGCCAGAUGUACUGAGAAAGGCUGAUAUUCAUAAGAUUCAGGCAGAGCUUGUGUCAUGUCUUCCGUCGUUACCUCACCUUUCAGAUCUACAAAAGCUGAAGGAUGAGCUGAAGACCUCUUGGAAUUCUAUGGAGGUUCUUCCAUCUCUGUCCCGUUGGCAUCUCUUGGAGUUACUCGCAAAUUGUCUGCCACACAGAUUUACCCAUCCCAAUGAAACAAGUUUGUCUGUUCUUCAAAGCAUGAAGGAGGAUCUAGCAAGCCUGAUUGCACCGCAACUGAUCAGACCAAUUGCGCGGUGGCCAUUCUAUGCCUUCUUGGGAGGAGCCAUGUUCUGCCUCCUGGCCAGCAGCACUUGCCACCUUCUCUCCUGCCAUUCUCGCCGCCUAGCAUACAUUAUGCUUCGGCUUGAUUACGCAGGCAUCGCAGCUCUAAUCGCCACAUCCUUCUACCCUCCAGUAUACUAUUCUUUCAUGUGCUACCCCUUCUUUUGCAACCUGUACCUCAGUUUCAUAACCAUCCUAGGAGUGGCAACUAUCGCGUUCUCUCUACUUCCGGUCUUCCAAAAUCCGGAGUUCAGAACCAUCAGAGCAUGCCUCUUCUUUGGCAUGGGUGCAUCUGGCGUGAUACCUGUUCUUCACAAGCUAGUACUCUUCUGGCACCAACCGGAGGCAUUGCACACGACCGGAUACGAAAUUCUGAUGGGGCUCUUCUACGGGCUGGGAGCAUUGGUAUAUGCGGCACGGGUACCUGAGCGCUGGAUGCCUGGGAAGUUUGACAUCGCCGGGCACAGCCACCAGCUGUUCCACGUCUUGGUUGUUGCCGGAGCCUACACACACUACCACGCAGGGCUUGUGUACCUCAAGUGGAGAGACCUGCAAGGCUGCUGAAAGGUACUGCAUCGUUGAGGAUGUGGAUAGAUUGUAGAUUCCGUGAAUUCAGGCUGAAGGUCAUGGUCUGUUGUAAAUUGUAACAGUAAUCAUGAAACAAUUGCUACAAGUCUACCAGGUAGUCGGGCUUCCAUUAAUAAUCAAUUGAAGACUAGUAUUUAUGCUA